AUGCAAAGCUAUAAUCUCAUGCGUGCAGAUGUAUCAGCAGCAACAUCCGGAACGCAGAACAUCUCCUAUGAAAUAGACUACCCAUUGCUUCGUCAGCGAAUCGACCGCCGUAUACAGCCUUCACAUUCGUGGGGGUGGGCGUCUCCUCAAUUGGAGCCCAUGGAAUUCUCUCUCGUGGUUUGGACUGGCGAUGGUGACUCUGCUUGCUUUGUCAAGGGGAACAACGAAGUCUUCCUUCCCCGGAACGUUACAUCUGGCUGUGUAGAUGCUGCAUUGGCCAAUAAAUUUGCUACCGACGCUCUCAUGAUGUCUCCUGGUCUUGCUGAGCGGAUCAAGAUUCGACGGUCUAAAAGUUCUGAAUACCGCGAGGUUGAUAUAAACGGCAUCAAAUUUCCAGCAGUCUAUAGCAAUCUUGACAAGCUCCUCCUCAUCGUCGAUCCGGAAACAUACCUACCAUAUAUCGUCCGCUCAGAAGAGCAACAUCCGAUCUACGGAAACGCUACAAAAGACGUAUACCUUUCAAACUACAAAGAAGUACAGGGAAUCAAAUUUCCCCAUACUGUUCAGACUAUCUACAGCUCAACUAGUCAACGACUCAGCGUGGUUCUCGAAGACUUUGUAAUUGACAAAAUCAACGUGACAGCAAAGUUCAGCGACAACUUCUUCGACCUUGUUCCUCAUGGUCAGAAAGUAAAUAUAUCAGAGAAACCUCCCGAUGUUCCCAGUGGUCUUGUCACAGAUUACAGCACGAGCUUACUAGGGUCACCGGUCAAGAAUGUCAGCGUUGAUGCUUUGAAGUCAUCUAGGCCCGUUGAUCUCUUGCAGUUGUAUUGGCUUAUCAUCGAUGAUAGCCAUGAUCUUGGGUUCAAGCAGCUUAUUAUUGAGUUUGAGACUGAAGUCAUUGUGUGCGAUGCGCCGCCCUUCUGGAGUGAGGCUGUCAUGGAGUGGAUUAAGAAAAAUAUUGGCAAGAAGGUCACCUACGUCGCGCCUUCACAUCAUCACCGAGAUCAUAGUGGAGGCGUAGCCGAUUAUGUUCGUGCCGGCGCCAAGUUGAUCAUCCCCGAGAUGGCGGUGGAUUACUGGUCCAGCAUUCCAGGCGCCGAGUUCAUCACUUUCAAUCAAACACACCCUUACAUUCAUCGCGACAACAAGGUCCAAGCAUGGUUCAACUGGGCUUAUCAAGCGCCUCAUGCAGCUGACUGGACUUAUGUAAUGGUUACAGAGCGAUGUCCUAAUAAAAACUCGUCCAUCUUCGUCUUUGAGGCUGAUACAUGGGAAGCUGGACUUAGUGUUGACUUGGGUAACCAGCAGCAGAUGAGGCAGUGGUUGGACCAGCUCCUGGAUGAUGGUCUUCCAAGAUCUGCGACUGUGAUGCCCACGCAUGGAUGGAUUACUCCAUUGGAACAACUGAUCAAUAUCACGGCUUAUCCAUAUCCUGAUUUUGAUAUUAGUCGUUGGGGGAAGGGUGCAGCGCUAUGUGAUAAAUCAUUCACAAGGAAGCAUAAGGAUAAUUAG